GUGCACGCACCAGCACCGCCGUGCCGUCCCGGUCCACGCACGCACUCACGUAAAGAAAUCGAGACCCGCACGCGUCUCCGCGACCAUCCUCCCACUUUCCCCCCUCCCGCGUCUCCGCCUCCAGCAGCAGCAGCGCCCGCGGCCGAUGCCGCCGUUGCGCCCCGGCCCGCCGAUCUGACGCGAUCCCCGGUCCGGGAUGCGGCUCCACCGACGGAUCCUCCACCCGGAACCCGGCCUGGGCGGCGCCGGGGACUGCGACGAUUCGUACCCGUACGACUGCCAGUCGCCGCCGUCGCCUCCCCCCGCCCCCGCCCCCCAGCUGCUUCCUUCGCCGUUUCAACCGUGCCCUCCUGUUUUCGCUCCGUCGCCUUCUCCCGUCCAUGGCGCCACCGCGGGCAGGAGGGACCAGGGAGGGACACACGGGUACGGGCCCCCAGCCGCCGCUGGCGGCGGCGACGAUCAUCGCGGGCGCUUCGUCACCUACGUCCUCAUCGCCGCCGCCGCGAUCGCCUUUGUCUCGCUGAUCCUCCUCGGCGUUUCGAUCGCCGUGCGGCGCCGGCAGGUGCGGCGGAGGCGGCAGGCGCUCCUCGCCCCGGCCGCGGCGACGAACGUGGAUGACGGCGGGAACGACCCCGAGGGCGGCAACGGCGGAGGCGGAGUGGUGCACCACAUCUGGUACAUCCGGACCGUCGGUCUCGACGAGGCGGCGAUCGAUUCCAUCGCCGUGACGCGGUACCGCGCCAGGGCGGGGCUCCUGGGCGCGACCGACUGCUCCGUUUGCCUCGGCGAGUUCCAGGACGACGACCUCGUGCGCUUGUUGCCCAAGUGCGGCCACGCGUUCCACGUCCCCUGCAUCGACACCUGGCUCCGCGCCCACGUCAACUGCCCGCUCUGCCGCUCCGACGUGCUCGACCCAGCCGUCACAACCGCCCCCGGAGGCGGCGAGUCCAGCCCCAACCCUCCAGCUGAUCCAGUUGCGAACGCCGACGCCGUAGCCGAGCAAUCGGCUGCCGCAACCGACGCAAUCCCGGAGCACGAAGAAGAGGAGAGUGACCAAGAAGCUUCACCCGCAGAAGAGGGCCGACAGGAGCAAAACAGCCCGCCAGAACAACUACCGCAGCUCCCCUGCCCGCUGCCGCGUAACGUGCGGCGCGCAGCUUCCAUGGACGCAGCGAUAGUGUCAACCGCGGCAGACGUCGCCGCCUUGGAGCGGUUGCCGGAGGCAGCUCCUGGAGAGGAGCAGAUCAGUGGCAGGCGAAAGCGGGGGACUGGUCCGUCCUGUGCAAAGGCAUCCGGUUCCGGCCAUCGGAGCAACCUCAGCAGCGACAGGCCGGCUUCCGGCGGUGUCCCGAGGUCAUUCUUCUCGCGGCAUUGCCGUGCUCGGAGCUCGGUGCUGCCAUUGUGAUGGCGCUGAGACCCCGAGCUGAAUUUUGCUCUUUGCUAAUAAUGUUACUCCUGUUGUUGAUCAACGUCGCGAUCUAUGUUAUACUUUCUAAACUUGUGAUCUCAAAAACCGAGGUUAGAAGCUGGAACUCCAAUCCAGUAAAUGAAAGUUUGCAAUCGAGGUGUAUAAACUGUACAGCCUUGUUCUUCUC